AUGGCCGACGCGGAGGCGCCGUCUCCCUCGCCGAGACGCAAUGAGGAGGAGGAUGAGAAACACAGAGAAGUGGAGCCCUUCCUGAAACAUGAGAGCGCCCCGGUCGACAAGAACAACCUCGUCUACCUGAUCGUGCUCUUCCAUGGAAUCGGCACGCUCAUGCCGUGGAACAUGUUCAUCACCAUCGCCGACUCGUACUUUGUCAACUACAAGAUGAUCGGCGAAGGCGGUAAGAACUGGUACUCGCUGAACUUCAUGUACUUCCUCGGCAUCUUCUCCCAGCUGCCCAACCUCAUCCUCAACCUCAUCAACAUCUUCGUCCCCGUCAAAGGCGAACUAACCCCCAGAAUCACCAUCUCACUAACAAUCGUCGGCGCCGUCGUCGCGUUCACUGACCUCUUCGUCUUCAUCGAUACGGCGGCGUGGAUCCCCGGUUUCUUCUGGCUGACGAUGAUCUCGAUCGCGGUGCUGAACGGCGCCAACGGCAUCUACCAGAACUCGAUCUACGGGCUCGCGUCUGACUUCCCCUUCAAGUACACCAACGCCGUCGUGAUUGGCAACAACCUAUGCGGAACCCUUGUCGCUAUUUUUGCGAUUUUGGCUGUUUUGGUCACCGACAACAAGGCCUACCAAGCCUUCGGCUACUUCACCGUCUCGCUGCUGACCAUCAUCGGCUGCCUGUUCUCCUUCUUCAAGCUCAAGUCGCUGCGCUACUACCAGUACCACAACGAGCUCGGCAACGCCAACCGCGCCAAGGACGACAGCGGCCCGGCCAGCUUCAACGACUAUUUGGAGACGCUCAAGCAGGGCUGGCCCCAGUUCAUGAACGUGUUCCUCGUUUUCUUCGUCACGCUGACGAUCUUCCCGAACAUGAUGGUUUUCAUCAACCCGCACACCGUCGUCCCGGGCCCCAACGGCACCGCCGAGCUGCACUAUGACUUCAUUCUGCCGGAAAGCCAGUACAUGAACUUCUGCGUGUUCCUGCUCUUCAACAUCUUUGCCUUCUUCGGCAGUCUGACGGCCAACUACGUGCAGUUCCCAUCGCACGAAUACCUGUGGAUCAUGACGUGGGCCCGCGUGCUGUUCAUCCCCUUCUUCAUGUACUGCAACUACUACCCGCUGAAGCGCACGCUCGCCGUUUUCUUCCCCUCCUACUACACCUACAUCGUCGGCGCCAUCCUGAUGUCGUUCACCUCCGGCUACUUUUCGUCGCUCGGCAUGAUGUACGCACCGAGGGUGGUCGACCCGAGCCGAGCCCGCAUCGCCGGCAUGAUGGCCGCCUUCUUCUUGAUUUUCGGAAUCGUCUCCGGCCUCUUCUUCACGAUGUACGUGCCACGCCCGCGCGCCCCCGUCGCCUACAACGACGUCUUCAUCGUCGCGCCCAAGACCGUUGUCAGGAGCACGAAGAAAAUGCCUCGCAACAACACGAUCUGGGUGAUGUUCGAGGGCAACCAGUGGACGGACGUGGUGAUGAGCAUCGGAUGGGAUGGGGAGGACAAGCAGAAGCUGUUCAAAGAGCCAGCCUCGUCGCCAGCUGAACCUCCUCUACUCGGGGCUGAAGGCAACAUCCUGCCGAUGGGCAUUCACCGGCUGAUCAUGUGCGAGAACGGGAGGCUGUCCACCGAGCGGUUUGACGCGCCCGAUCCAACGCCGGCUGUCGACUUCCACAUACAUGCCGUCGUCGUGACGAAGUUCUCCCUCAACUGGACCGAGCAGACGCGUAGCGUGGAGUUGCCCUUCGAGAUUGACCUGGUCGACGACGGCUGCCUGCAAAUCGUGGGCAACUACACGGAGCUGCACGUCUACGAGAAUGUCGGCCGGCUCGAUAGGGAGUCACGAAAAGUCGCCGGCGACCAGACGACCACGACCUAUUGGCCUCCGGAGUGGACGCCGUUACGCGUCGAGACCCUGGUCGGCGACCUCUAUCGUAUGGUCACCCCCAUUGAACUGUCGAUUGAUGGUCUCCAGUGGAAGCCGGACGUCUUCUAUGACGUCACGAAACUCUGCCUGAUCCCCACCCGCCAACCACCGUACGAGACGAUUCGCCAGGAACUGAACGACACCGAUGAUAUGCUGCUCGCCGAACUGGCUGAAGUUGAGGAGGAUGAGGAAGGAUACGAUGACUUCCUCGAUGAUCUUUUCGACGAAGAGUCCGAGCACGACGCCGAGCAGUUCGACUGC